AUGAGUAAAUUAGAAGACUUAUUAGCAAAGAAGAAAUCAGUGGUUCCAGUUCUUGAUCUCAGUAAAAGCAUUGUUCAGACCAAGGAAGAGUUCAAGCGUCUAAUGGAAAAGGUUCCAGACUAUAAAAUGAGGUCAAUAAAAGUACGAGCAGAUGAAAUAAAGUUUAAGGAAAAAGACUUCUCAUUUAAAACUCCAAGGAAAGAAGUCAGGAAAUUAAUGAAGCAUAAUGGUGAGCGUGCAGUAAUUUAUACUUACGCAGAUCCAGUUCCAUCCGAGAUGAAGGAUGUUCCUAUAAUGGACUUGUGUGCAGUGCCUAUUGAUUGGAAAAUGCUCACAACAUUGCGUCCCAAAUCGAGACUGGAAGAAGAGUACUUUAGUCGAAUGACUGAUAUGGCUAAGUCGCAAUUGAAAACAGAAAUGCGUGAUAGAAGGGAGUUUAUGCUCAACAAUUGCGUUAAAAAGGCCAAAAACAAAUCGGGAAUUGUGGAAACUAGAUUAGCGGUGUGUACCGAAUGUGGUCAAGAAAUGUGCUCAGGAAAGGCUUGUAUGGAUUUUAAUUAUGACUUAUUUCAGCGUGUAGAGCCGAAAUUUGCAAAACCAAAACCGCCCACACAUAAUGCCAAUAAAGGAAAGUUGGCUGGCCGUAAAUCGUUUUCUAAAGAUGGAUCGAAGAGUAAACAGAGAAAGCCUGCUACUAAAGGAACAGUCAAUAGCGUGCAGUAA